AAUGGGUCUUUGGGCUUGGACAUUAAACUAGAUGUUAACUCCUAAAUUCUGGACUUUGGUUCGAAGAGAAGGUAUUAAUCAACAAUUAUGCUUUAGGAUUUUGGUAAACCUAUAUUAGAAUGCACAGAGCUUAAUCAAGAUCAAGUCAUUAUGCAGGAGGUCAAAAUGGACCAAUCCAAUGUGUAGGUUAGGACUAAUUUGGCAAUAAAUAUUAUGAAGACUUCGAUGUUACACGUAUAAUUUGUGAACAAAACAUUUUUAGAUAGAAAUCAAAGGAGAUGGGUUGAAUAUAAUGAUUAUUUCAACCCAUGGCAUACUCUUGGGGAUAGAGUUCCUCCAGUAUGGCAUGGUUGGAUGGCACAUGUCUAUGAUGAAGCUCCUUCUAGAACUGGGCAUUCAUUUUUUGUUUAGCCAUUUUAUUAGAAACCUGGAACAGAUAAUUAAUCACCAACACCUCAUCAUUAUUUUCCUUAAGGAGCUAUGCAAAAUUUAAACAGAUUAGAAUUUAUGUAAAGAUAGUCUUAAUAAUAUUUAAGUAAAUACCAUAGAGAUAGAAGAGCAGCUCCAUUUGAGCCAGGACAAUCAUAAGGCUUUGAAGGAAAGAGAUUAGUAGUGGAAAGACAGAGCUAUUCAGAGGAUGUUAUGGCUAAUAGAGAAUGAU